AUGUCCGACUGGGAGGAUUCCGAGAACGAGUCGGCCGCACCCGCACCCUCACCCGCACCAGCACCCUCUGGCCCGACAAUAAAGAAACCCACGAAGAGCAAGUGGGAAGGAGAAGAUGAGGAGGACGAUGGACCAGUGAGUGACUGGGAAGCAUCUUCUGACGAGGAGGAGAAGCCCCAACCCGCCGCCGCUGCAUCAGUCGCGCCGCCAAAGAAGAAAGGCACGCUGAAGGCAAAGCUUGCCGAGAAGGAGGCGGAGAAGGCUGCGAGAAAGGCCGCGCAGGAUGACGAGCACUACGACGAGGACGCCGUGCUGGACCCGCGCGAAAAGGCACGGCUGGAUAGGGAGCGGGAGCUGAACGCAGACCUCAGUAAUGCGGCAGACCUCUUUGGCGCUGCUGCUCUGGGAGGCACUUCGUCUACGGAGUUGGACAGUCUUGUUUCUGCUCAGCCGCGGACCAAGGAGGACUUUAUCGCAUUCUCGCACAAUAUCAUCGAGUUGAUCGUCAAGCGACAUCAGGACAAACCGCUCUAUGCCACAUUCGUCGAGAACCAUAUACGAGAGUUGGCGAUACCCUUGCGGGAUGUUGAAGUCCGUAAGGCAGCGAGUGCACUCACCACCUUGGCGAACGAAAAGCAAAGGGAACAGAGGGACAAGACUUCGGGGAAGAAGAAGCCAAAGGUAGUUGUCAAGCCCGCCUUGGGUGCCGCGAAGGCGGCAGCCAAAUUUGACACAUCCGUGUAUGACGAGGCGCUGGACGACACUGAGGAAUUCAUGUAG